AUAAAGUCCGUCAAACAAACGUCCAAGAAGGUGAAGCUGGAGGUAUUACACAACAAAUUGGUGCCACCUAUUUUCCCAUGGAGACUAUUAAAACCAAAACUGCUCCACUUAAUAAGGAUGGAAAGCAACAAUACAAACUCCCGGGAUUAUUGAUCAUUGAUACUCCUGGUCACGAGUCUUUCACUAAUUUACGCUCAAGAGGAUCUUCAUUGUGUAAUAUUGCCAUACUGGUAGUUGAUAUUAUG